UUUUUAUAUUAACGAUGAAAGUCGCCAUCUUCGGAUCCUCAUACGUGAAGCGAGCUUCUUAUUUUGCAGACUUUGCCAUGCCAUUUGAAGUAGAGUGGUUCGGUGUUGGUGGAAUGACAGCCUCCCAGCCCUGCCCAAACCUAAUCUUCAAAAUGGCGAGAUACAGCCCGGACAUCGUUGUCGUUUGUUUGGGGGGUAACGACAUUUCCAGUGGAGCAGAGCCGUCUACUGUCAUCGACUGCCUGACAAGCCUCUUCCACAGAAUAAGAGAUUUCGCCCCCCGACAACCCGAUAUUUUCUUCACGGAGAUAGUCUCCAGGGGAAAAUUCCGUUCUUCUCUACAACGUGAGGAAUUCGACGGAAAGAGGAGAACCGUCAACAAUAAGAUGAAGAAAAUCCUUGGCAGAACCUUCAUCAGAAUAGACGUCAGGUUUCCCAGACACUAUCUACCAGACGGAAUCCAUUUCAACGACGCUGGGACUGUCAUAUUCCUGCUUUCCAUAAGCAAGACAGUAAAAAGUCGCUCCUUUGAGUAGAGAAUAAACGGCCCUUUUAAGGGCCUUUCACAUUUUUCGAAAAGCUACCUCUUAACAGCAAUCAGAACAUGUCUAACAACGGCCAAAAAAUGGCACCCCCAUCAAGUUACAAAAUCUCGAAUUCCUAAUAAAAACAAAAAAUUCAUUUCAUAACAUUUAAGACAACAACGCCUGCCUUCAGUUCCAUGUACGACGUAAUACAGAUUUUGUCAUAUAUUUAUCUAUAACUAUUAAUAAUAUUUAUUUAAACGUACAUUCCUGUUGGCGGACAUUUUGUCACGUUCUUUCACAAUAUUCAGCGUGGGCAUAAUACGAUUUCUUUAAAAUUUAAAUGCGGCGUACAUAAUGUAAAGACUUUUAGAAACUAGGCAACCUUUUUUAAUUGCAGACAUUAUGUUUCGACAUACAAUUAGGUAGGCGGACAUUUUGAACAACGUUCACAAUGUUUAGCGUGGUCAUAAUACGAUUUCUUUAAAAUUUCAGUGGCGGACAUAAUGUUACGACGAUUAAAAAAUAGCACUUUUUAAAGGGCGUAUAUAGUGUUACGACUUACGAUUGAAACAUACAUUCGUGUUAGGGAUGUUAUGCCAUUUUAUUUUUCAAUGUUAGCUUGGUCAUUAUAUAAUCCCUUUAAAAAUAUAACGGCGGACAUAAUAUUACGACUUUUGGAAAAAAUGUGAAUAUUUGAAAUUGCUUAUAUAAUGCUAUGACAUGCAUUACAGUCGGCGGACAUUAUGCCACAAUUUUUAGCGUGGUCAUAAUCAUUUAUGAUUUCUUCAAAAGUUAAUGCGGCGUAACUUUAAAAAUAGGAUAACACAUUUUUAUGUCGGACAUAACGACUUAUGGUUUAAACAUGCAUUCAUGAUGGCGGACAUUAUACCACAAUUUAUAACGUGGGCAAACAAACGAUUUUUUUUUUCAAUUUAUAGGCGACAAACAAAAAGUUACGACUUUUUAAAGAAAAAAGUGAUCAUU